AUGCCCGCCACCUCGGCCGCCAGGGCGCUGGCCAUGGACAUCAAGGACACCGACAGCGAGCUGCAGAUCACCGCAGACGUGCCCGGCCUCACCAAGGACGACAUCAAAGUGCAGGUCUCCCCUGACCGCGUGCUGUCCAUCAGCGGGGAGAGGCGCAGCGAGCACAAGGAGGGCAGCAAGGAGGCGGGCAACCUGCGCAUCGAGAGGUCCUACGGCUCUUUCCUGCGCCGCUUCCGCCUGCCCGAGAACGUGGAUGUCGAGGGCAUCAAGGCCAACACCAAGGAUGGCGUGCUGCGCCUGACGGUGCCCAAGACCGAGGCGGCCAAGCCCAAGCAGAUUGACAUCCAGGUGUCCGAGUGA